AUGAUAGAAGUAAAUAAAUCCUCUACCCUGAAUUUUAUUCUUCUUGGAAUUACUGGACAAAAGGAACAGGAAGAAAUCCUCUUCAUCCUCUUCCUCUUCAUUUAUCCCAUCACAUUAAUUGGAAACCUCAUCAUCAUCUUGGCCAUUCGCUCUGACUUUCGUCUUCACAAUCCCAUGUAUUUUUUCCUUGCUAACCUCUCCUUCGUUGAUAUUUUCUUCUCCUCCAUAACCAUCCCUAACACUCUGGCUAAUCACCUCUUAAACACAAAAACCAUCUCCUUUGGGGGAUGUCUGACACAAAUGUAUUUUAUGAUUGCUUUGGGAAAUACAGAUAGUUAUAUCUUGGCUGCAAUGGCAUAUGAUCGGGCUGUGGCUAUCAGUCGUCCACUUCAUUACACAACAAUUAUGAGCCCACGGUCUUGUGUCCUGUUAGUUGUCGGAUCUUGGGUGGUUGGAAACACUAAUGCUCUCCCUCACACUCUGCUCACAUCUAGGCUGUCUUUCUGUGGAAACAGGGAAGUAGCCAACUUCUACUGUGAUAUUACUCCUUUGCUCAAGUUGUCUUGUUCUGACAUCAAAUUUAAUGUUAAAAUGAUGUAUCUAGGGGUUGGUGUUUUCUCUGUGCCCUUAAUAUGCAUUAUUAUAUCCUAUGUCCGGGUCUUUUCUACAGUCUUACGAGUCCCAUCCACCAAAAGUGUGCUCAAAGCCUUUUCCACCUGUGGUUCCCACCUCACAGUUGUUUCGUUGUAUUAUGGGACGGUCAUGGGCAUGUAUUUCCGCCCUCUGACUAGUUACAGCUUAAAAGAUGCUGUGAUAACUGUGAUGUACAUGGCAGUAACCCCAAUGUUGAAUCCAUUUAUCUAUAGUCUGAGAAACAGAGAUAUGAAGGCUGCCCUCCGAAAACUCUUCAGUAGAAGAAUAUCCUCAUAA